ACACACGAUCAAGCACUUUGCACGCUCUUCGUCGAAGAGUAUAAUGAAGAAAAUGUGCGUCGAUUGAGAAAGCGAAUGGAAGAUUUGGAAGAUUUCGAAAUCUGCUACGAAAACGAUGAAACAAAACCUGUCUUGCUGCCACGCAGAAAAUUCCUUGCGGAACAAUUAACAUAUCACAACAUCGAAAAAUUGACGUUCCUUGAUACUGAUUAUAACACCUUGUUACUAGCUUCACAAGCGCAAGUCGUGCGUUUCCUGAACGAGGUGUACCUUCCGCACGAUCCAUUGAAUGUAUCACUCUAUGAGGCUAGAAAAAUGACUACCAAGCAAAUAUUCCAUGAAGUCUUAUCACACACCAAAUGUUUGGAUGACAAGUCACCAGCGGCUUUUUCAAGAUGGUGUUCCAGUCAAAAAUUACACUUCCUGCAAGCUGAGGAUCGAUCUAAGAGAAUCAAGUUGGACAAUGGAUCGUACGUCCGAUAUCGAGACCUCUACGUCAUGAAAAAAGAAUAUCAUGGUAAGUCG